GAAAGAUAUCCAAUGGGUCGUCGUGUCGCGGGAUGAAAUGAACACGACUUUUGAAAUGUGUAGUAUAGGAUAACUAAGGUGGAUUGACGUCUUCGUGAAGAACCUUCGUCGGGGGAGCUCUAGCGUAGUCGUUUGAAGAUACAACUGUUGGUCGUAGUCGCGCAGAGUGAAGACAAACCAUGACCUGUAAUUUCGUUUCAAAAAACCUUCUAGGCCUUUUGAGAAGCUGCAGGUACGACAGCAGUAAGGAAGUCCAUAGCAAGUAGGUAUACUACGCUAAUUGUGGUCUUUACGCCUGUGUCCGUUCCUUGUUUAAAAAUGCAUCCCCACUUGUAUUAAAAACCUGUAUCACAACAUCAACAUCUUACUAAAACUGCAAAAAUGCCUCUCGCCGGCUCCACGACGCCGCUCGCGUCGGUGUUCGCGAAGACGGUACGUUUCGCGGUGCGCGUCGGCGAAAAAGUUGCCGACUACCUGGAGCAGCAAGACGAUCGCGACCAAGGAAGGGCCGCGGUGGAGGUGACAUCAACUACAGAGACAUCUUCGCGAAGUGGUAGUGGAAUUUCUGGAGUAGAAGUUCCUCGUUCUGCAGCAGUAACGUGUGACCACAGCACGACGACCAGUACAACAACCGAGGAAAUAAACGAGUGUAGCCGGACCACGAGCAUUUCGACAGCUACCACAACGGCUACAUCGCCGACGUCCGAGACCUCUCUCUCGACCUCUACUACUUUUGGAGACCUUGACGUCUGCUUCUCCCAGCAAGAAUGCGCGAUCUGUCUCCGUUCUUUGGAAAAGGGCGCGCUGCUACGGACGCAGUGCGGACAUUGGUACCACGCAGCCUGCGGGAUGCAAGCCUGGCAGCGCCGGCCGCUUUGUCCGCUCUGUCGGGAACCGAUAGAUUGCGUUGCCGACAGUGUUGACACGUGCACGCCGGUCACGUUUGAGGAUCUUUGCAGCGCAGGCAACUACUGCACCGGGGACCGGACUUCACAGAACAGUGUGGCGGCGAGACCGUAUCUAUGUUUUGCUUGGCUUUUUUUGCAUGAAGUAAGUAGUCUUUGCAUAAUGAUCAAUUUUGGUUCCGAAUCAAUUAGAUCAAGGGUACUUGUUCUUAAAGCCAUAGCGAAGAACGUCCGAUAAAAAAAACACAGAUCCUUCCCGACAAAUCCCGCGGAUUACUUUGCCGGUUCGGAUUCCGACGCAUUGCGGCGUGUUUCGCAGGCCAUCACACGCCUAAGCCUCGUGGACAAUGCGCUUGCAGUGCGGCCUCGCGACGCUGGGGGGGCAUCGUAUUCGUUUGAUUCAUUUUUUUUUUGGUGCUAGUAUGAUGUAUGUUAGGAGGUAGCCAGUUUCAUCCACCAUGUUUUCGGUUUCCUCGAUACAAGGCUGGCUUUGAAUGAUUAUGAUCCCAAAUAGUUUAUUUUGAACAAUAAAGCUGCCAUUCUGAAAUCAGUCGUUCUCCCGGCGACGACGCCACGUCCGGCACCCCGACCGGCGAGGAACGGCAGCGGCAGCAAGACGAAUCCGUCCGUGGCAUCCUCAACACCGUGCCCAUAGAUCCGCACGUGCUGGCCCGGAUGCGGCGCGAGAACCGCAGACUCGGAACGCAGCCGGCUUUUUCCAGCAUGCUGCGCGGCGGGGUCGAAAAUAACGCUCACGGUCAUUCGCGCGCACCGUCCACGGGCUGCAUUUACGCCGAUCUGUUCCUCGCGGACUUGGGAAUCUGGUCUAAUUUGAACUACAGCAGCGCGAACAAUGCAAAUGCUUCGUCCUCCUCUAGUAGCAGCACGGCGGCAGCCCUGUCGACGAGCCCGUCGGUCACGGACCUGAACACGAUGGUGGAACAAGGAUCUUCAAACCCGAAUUCACCCACUACGACUUUUCGACGGGGGGAACAAAGACCGGAAGUGACGGACACAGCAGCCACAGCACCUUCAACAUUAUUCUCCACCACGACUUCUGGUAGCGCCACCUCUACCUCCACCAGCAGAGAUGAUUCCUCGCCCACAAGUAGGUUGCAGCAGAACCUGAACCGCGCAGCGAAUCUUCCGACAGCUAACACUACGACAAAUUCCACCUCCACCAGUGCCACCACCGCGGAGGAGCUUUUGGAAAACGGGACGUUGAACCUACCACCUCUCACCGAGUACCAGCACUCGCUGCUCCGCGGCGUGUGCCUCGUGCAGCUGAUCGACGAGCUGUUUCAGUACGCGUCGGUCGGGCACUACGAGGCGGUGUCCGCGAUUUUGAGCAGUGGGUUUGUGGACGUGAAGUCCGCGAAGGACGUCUGUGGCAACACGAUCCUGCACUUCGCGCGGAACCUGGACAUUGUGAAGCUGUGUGUCGAAACCUACCACGCCGACGUAAACGCGGUAAACGACGCGGUGUGGAGUCCGCUGCACUGGGCCGCGGAAUGCGAAAACCCCGCCUUGUGUUGGACGCUGCUCCAGUACGGCGCAGACCCGACGGUGUAUACGAAUUGCUCCAGGACCGCCAGGGAUCUCGCCACCUCCGACGCCGUGCGGUCCGUCUUCGACUCCUUCUCCUCGCGGUCGGCGUGAAGGUCAGAACUGUGGAUGGAUUUAGAAUAAGGUGUAUGCGUCUCUGUGAAUUUCUCCUGUCCCCACUCUAGUAAGUACUACACGCCCACCUACUUAUACGACAGUGAAUACCAAGAUUACAACCACCUGCAGCACCACCCUUCUACGAGUAUCAGCCCCUUUUAUUUAGCACCAUCGAAAAAAAGCCGCUUAGGAUGUUUGACCUUUUGCAAUUUUGAAAAGUCUCGGAUAAGAUAGAUACACCCUUGUUUAAUAUUCUGUUUCGAACUGUAAAAAUGUCGCAAGUGUACAGACCCGCAAUGUGAUGUGGAAUCUAUGCUGGCAACUUAAAAUAUAAAAAGUCUACCCCAGUAGUUGACGGCUCUGUGAAUCUUGAUCUUUGAUCGUAAGCCUGAAUGACUGGCGGUGAAAACGAGCAAGAAAGAUUCCCAAGAAACAUUUUCCUAGGAAGUGUUUCCAGUUUUGAAUUUUGGUUUGUUUCUGAUUUAGUACCGAGCAAUGAUGCUAAAAGUUGAAAACAACAGCUUUAUUGCCAAUAACAAUUAAGGACGGCACGAAAAUGAGCAGAACUGGCACUGUAAUGCGUAAGCUGAUAGCGGAGCUACGGAUAUCUGAACUAGGUGGUUUAAAGAACUUUCUUCAGCUUAUGACUUUCCUGAAGUUUCGAGUUAUUCAGCACACACUGGUGUGAGUAUGAUUCUCUACGUAUUGACUUCACUCAAAAACAUACGUAGCAAAUCGGUUCUUGCACAACUGUUGGUUUUUGCAGCGUCUGGGCGCAACAUCCAACAGAAAAGGGAAAUCCGCCACUGCUGCUUCUUUCUGAAGAGGUAUCCGUUGGACUGGAAAGUAUUGAGUGCGCUAGUGGACAAAUUCAGCAUCGCCGGCCUUCGGAAACAAGGGAAGGACUGAACUAGCGCCACCCGAGCUUUUUU